GGUGCAUUGCAACAGAUCUCCCAGCUAUUGCAGCACUUGCCGACUUGGGAGAUUCUCUUGGUUCUCGUGUCAGUGUGGCUUAGGCAUGUGUACCGCGCCGCCUCCGCAUGGCAUCAGCAUUACAUAUACUCAGGGCGACGGGCAGCGAUGCCAAUCGCUAGCAUUCGCGACACCGCAACCCGUACCAAUCAUCGGCCCUCAACAAAUAUGAGCGACAGUGACAAGGCUUCCCUCAUCUCGGCCUCCCAGUCUUCUCUAAUCAACGCUUCAUCUUCCAUGUUAUUCCUUUCAUUAGAGCAGGGACAGUGGACACACGGCACCUACUUUCUGCUGAAUGCCAAAAGUGGCAACGCCCUAGACCUUCAUGGUGGCGAUCACAGGACAAUGAUUGCCCAUUCUUUACAUCUGGGACACAACCAACAGUGGGAGAUGUUGCCUCUUGGAAAAGGAUAUGCUAUUCGCAGCGCCCUCAAGUCCCCGUUGGGUGGUUAUUAUCUGACGGUGAACGCUAUCCACGAUCGCGUUCAGCUCAUCACGACGCCGUUUCCCACUAGUUGGGAUGUGCGCAUUGACCGCGAACAGAGAAACAUAUCCAUCUUCUGGCCUGGCACAAACUAUGUAGUCGCACUGGAUCAUGGAGAACCACUGCGUGGGGACAAGGUGCAGCUUAUGACACGCCAACCAGGAGAGCCACGGCAGUCGUGGCUUUACCUAUGCCACAAGUCACCGCAAGCGAAAGAGACAACUGAAUGUGAUCCUGCAUCAUGCUCGGACAUGAAUAAGUUUAUCCUUAAAAAUGCGCAUAUGGGCAACGUGCUCGAUAUGCAUGCCGGCAAUCGUAGGGAAGUGAUUGGAUGUUCGCAUAUACACUUAGGGCUCAACCAACAAUGGAAAGUCGUCCCCAGCGGUAAAGGACAUGCAAUCCGAACCGUAUGGAAGCCGUCUUCAGAUGGCCCAUUUUACCUCAACGUGGAAUCCAUAUGCGACGGCGCUCAAGUCAUCGGUUGUCAUUAUCCUGCCAGCUGGAGCGUUGAGUUCGGGCACAAUACGGAGGUUGCCAGUGUACGAAUCUCGUGGCCUCACACCGACCUGACACUUGACCUCGCUGAGAUGAAGGGCGAUACCAAAAUUCAGCUCAGGAAAAAAGACCCUGGAGCAUCCUCUCAACUGUGGCAGUACGGCGUUCACAAUGUAUAAGCCUCUCGAAUAGUACGGUAGUGCUCUGUAGAGACCGUCAAUGAUCACAGUUACGCUGUAAUCCCAUCAGUUCCUGAGGUGC